AUGAUUCGAAAUCAUCUUAUUAAAAACAAUAUUGAAAAUUCAUCAUCAUUUUGGUCAGAUAAUGAAAAUAUUGAUGAAUUUGAUGAGCGUGAACAAUAUCCAUAUUAUGAUUUCGAUGGAAUCAAAACUCGAAUCAUUUGGGUAACAAAUUAUAUAAAUAAUGAAGAUUUUUCAAUCAAUGUACCAGCUGAUGAUCCACUUCAAUUUAUGAGUACUUUUUCUAAUACCAUUGACAUUGAAACUUUACUUUCAAACAAGAAAGAUAAUAACUCACUAGUCAAUAAAAUCCAUACGCUUGAUUUAUCAAAACUAAAUUUAGAUGAUUUAUUAUUACUUUUAUAUCGACUACAACAAAAAACAACGCAAAAUUCUGCUACAACGUCACCAUCUACUAUUAGUUCUUCAUCUACUUCAUCAUCAUCAUCAUCAGGUUUUAUAGAACGUAAGCCAUCAUUUAAAACAUCAUCACAAAUGUCAGCUCGUCAUCCAUUCAAUUCAAGACAUUCUCAUGCUGUCCACUCAUCUUUUUCAAUGCUUAAUGAAAUACCAUCGAAUUCAAUUACAAACAAUCGUUCACAAACUUCUUUUACUUUAUCAAAUAUAGCCGAUGUACCUAAACAAUUGACUACAACAUUAGCUAAACCAAUAUCAUCAUUUCAUUCUCAUAAUACAAAAAAUAUUCAUUCACCAAAUGAUGUUGUUGACAAACUUCUUCAAUCUUUUAAUCUUCGAAAUCAUAAUAAUGAAAUAAAUUAUAAUAAAAAAUUUAUUCAACAUAAACUACAACGAUGUUCAUCACGUUAUACUUAUCAGCAAUCUCAACAACAUAAAGCAAAACUUAUCUCAAAUCUUCUUUCUUCGAAUUCAAUUCGAAAAUUUCCUUGUCAUCUUCAUCAAAACAAUUCUUAUCAUUAA